AGAAUCUUCGAUCGACGCUUUCUUUCUUCGCAAUUCGUGUGAUGUGUUCAUGAUGAGUUCAGGCUAGUGAGAAACAGGAAAAUUUAUCAUGCCGCCAAACGUGAUGCUGGAGUGCAAUUGGGCCUCCGACAGAGGCCUCAACAGUUUACUGACGCUGCAUGAGUGCGGAAAGCCGUUUACAACUUUAGGAUUAAUCCCAAUGGAUAACAUUGUGACGGUGAACAACAGGGUGCGUCUGUUUGAUGAGUUGCAAUCGUCGCAAGCGUUGGAGUUGAAUUUCUAUGUAAGGGAAAACGUAAAUUACAGCGUGACGGGACUGACGAUUAUUUCCGAGAUCCCGAUAUUCGAAGUUUUCUCCGGAGAGGAAAUGGAGUAUGUGGGAACGGUCGGAGGCUACGCCGUUGAGAACGUACCGGAAAUAGUCUCGUAUAGAGUGGAUCUAUUGUUGCCCUUUCGAGUUAAAACCAAAGCCACGCUGAAAUACAAGUCCCCUCCUGGAAAGCGUUCGCUUUGGAUUUUCGGCGUCGGUGUUAUGUGGGACUAUCUUCCGGAAAUGGCUUCAUGCAUGGAUAUGAAUCAAGUUGUCAACUUAUUGUCGAGUGGACGUAGAAAACCAGCAUCUGAUACGGAUAUGACGCUAGUUACGAAGCUUUGCGAAAUCUUCAAUUCUUCUGGAGGUUCUUUGGAGUACGGGAAGGUCAGUCAAAGUCCACGAGGUGUCAGCGAUGGCAAUCUGCGUCAAGAAUCCUCUUCAGAAAUUUGCGAAGGUAAAGGCGAUGUUGGGACAUCCGAAGUUGAAGCAUUGUCUGCUCAGUUGAAUCCGUCGAACAACGAAGAGGUUGCGGCUCGAGUUUCCGACCUGACUGCGGAGUUCGACGCGUUUCGGGACAAGGUGGAAAACACUUUACAUGAGCAUUCGCAGCGACUGGGUCUAGUGUGUGAUGCGGUGCUUUCGAGGUCUCGAGCCAUCCACACGCCCGCUGGAGAUAUCGAAAAGCUCCAGUCGGAGUUUCGUAAACUUGAGUCAGAGUUUCGCGUUCGAAUGCAGGCUCAGGACCAUAAGUUGGAUUCAAUUUUACGCAUUCUAAGACGAGAAGCGUACAAAGGAACCGUAUUCCACACGGAUGCCAUGGAAAUGCGGAAAGCGUUCGCUCCUAAAGAAGCGUCGAGCUCGGGAUUCAUGAAGAAUCUCUUCUCUUCCUUGACGCCCCACCAUCCUUCCAAACGAGGUGCUGAUCUGUCCCAGUGGUUUCUGUGUACGAAAGCUCCUCCAAUUGCUCCUUGUCCGCCGCACAAGUACUGGUAA